CAGAAAAUCAAAAGGUCAAUUUUUUUCUCUCAAACUUUGUAUAUCACCAAUUUUUUUCUCUUGAAAAACCUCACAAGCUUCUUCUCAAUUCAACCUCAUCAUGUCUCAGACUGUCGUUCUCAAGGUUGGCAUGUCAUGCGAAGGCUGUGUUGGUGCUGUGAAAAGGGUUUUGGGGAAAAUGGAAGGUGUAGAAACUUUCGACAUUGAUCUGAAGGAGCAAAAGGUGACUGUGAAGGGCAAUGUUCAACCAGAUGCUGUUCUCAAGACUGUGUCAAAGACUGGAAAGCCAACAUCUUUCUGGGAAGCAGGCGAAUCGGCUCAAACAGAAGCUGUUAGUACAGCUUGAUGGUGUAUAAUGACUUGGAAUUGUAUGUUAAGGCUUGAGCAAUAUAUGACUUUAUCAAGAAUUCUCCUAUGUAAUAGUUUGAAAUCAGAAUUGCAAUAAGUUGUUUGAGAAUUUUAGUGUUGUUUUCUA